AUGUCAGUGGACUACACAAAACCUACAGAUUCCUCUUUAUUUUUUUCAGCAAUUGAGGCUGGUUAUUACUUGUGCCCGGUAUGUAAUGACACUUCCAUAGAAAUGUACCAGUCUCACAUGAAAGGAAAUAAGCACUGGAUUAAGCGUGAACAAGGCGAGCAUUCCAGCCUUUUCUCAAAAAAACAGUCUCCUACAAAUACUGGGGAAAAGAGAUUGCCAAGCUGGUCAUCAGCUUGUGAGCAUGCACUAGAAAAGACACCUAAUUGUCUCUCUAACAAGGGAUACUGUAAAGAAGAACAAAUAUCUUAGGUGGCCACCAUCAGAGAUAAGAGCUCCAGCCAUUAAGAAUCUAAAGGCAACUACAGACUUGUGCUUGCUGAAACUUCUACCAGCUCCUACAGAAACGAACAGGAAUCUCAGAUAAAACAUUUCAAAGAAGAACACAUCAGUGAAGAGCUGGAGUAUAAAAAAGAAGCCACAAAGCAGAAAAGAAAGAAAAAUAGUGUAGGUGCAGAUUGUGGAAAAGAAAACGAGAAUAAAAAGAGAAUUAAAUUUAAGCUAGACUUGGUAAAUGAAAAGAAGUCAAGAACUUCUAAAGGCAAAACACUUAAGGAGAACCCCCCAGAGAAAGAAAGCAAAAAGGAUAAUAAGAAGCCUCAGGCAAAUAUCAAAACAGAAGAGGAGCUACCCUGGGAUGAGUCUAUCUUUGAAUAUUGA